AUGAAGACUAACGAUACUUCAAUCGAAACGGGGGAGAACAACCUCGAAAAAGUAUUCAAGGAAGCAGUAGAGAGCAAGCCUCAGCUUUCAGAAGUGUUCGAGCUCUCAUCCGGAACCGCUCCAGACCUCAGCAACCCUAUCCACCCGCUGUUCCGUCAGACGAACUUCCCGUCGUUGAGCACUGACGAGUAUGAAGGUAUGGAACUCGCGCUCCGGUUAGCGUCGCUUUUCAUCACCGUGGUGCCGAUGCUCGAGUGGUUCGUCAAGGCUGCGUACGACUUCGAAGUCGUCCAUCCUACACGCACUAAUAAGAAAGUCCUCGAGCAGGUCUGCGAGUACAACCGCGGACACUACGCCGUCGUGUCGGACGCGCUGCUCAGCCUGGCCGAUUUCGUCGACUUUGACUUCGACAUCUUCCCAGACUUUGUUAGUUGCGGACGCACACAGCUGUACGCCGUUAACAGCAGUAAACGGCGGAAGCAAGCGCCUGAAGCGGUGCACGCCUGGUUCCAGAAGACUCACCAGCAGCGGAGACGAGUGCGGACGAAGCUGCACGCCGACUUCAGGGCAUAUGCGCGGGACGCCCUCCAAGGCUACUCGCCCGAGGCACGGCUGCGCUACUCGUUCUUCCUUGCCGUCACAAUCACGCAUGAAGUGUGUCAUGCUUUCGGCCUGAUGAAGAGCAACGGCGCAGACGAGCCGUACUUCUCUGCCGACGCCCCCGUCUCGGACUGGGGCACUGCAUGGGAGAUGUGGGCGCUCGGCGGCGAGAUCAACCCCUGGCACCCGUCCAGGAUGGCGCCCACUGUGACGCUGCUGGCAGCCGACUGGGUUGACAGGCGGCGGCAGAAGGUCAAUGGCGGUCUGGCCUCGUCGGUCGUGCCAAUGGACUGGAUCGCGAUGUGGUUCCGCCAGCACUUCUGGGCCGAAUUGGAAAGCGGCAGCGACGUGAGGACGCUGCCCCUCUGCGACCUGCGGGUCUGGCAGCAGGCGGACCGCAGGGGGUCUGUGACAAAUGGCAAGGUGAGUCUUCUCAUGCCCGAGUCUCCUCAGGCAAUCUCCCCCAGCCGCGGUAGAAAGAGGAAGGUGAGUGAGGGAGACGACCGAGACUCGGGCUCCGCUUCUCCCGAAAUGAUAGACGAAGAGAGUUCAAGCCACAAAAAACGGUCUCGCACGAGAAAUGGGGAAGCUGUGAGCCCCAAGACGGCGAGGAUCGACAAUCGGUGA